AUGGAGAAAGGUAAGAGAAAACGGAGAACAGACGGCGACGUUAACGAGAAGAAAGGAAAAUCCGAAGAGAUUAUAGGCGGAAAGACGACGACAACGACGGUGACGGCAACGGAAGAUGAGGUGGAGGAGUUUUUCGCUAUACUCAAGAGGAUCCACGUGGCAGCUAAUUAUUUCAAGAAUAAAAACGGAGGAAACCGUGAGUUGACGGCCAAAACUUGGAGGGCUGUUGUAAAAGGUCAGAGUGACGCUAUGGUUUUAGACGGAGAUAACGGCGUUGAUGAUGAAACGGAAAGUAUUAACGAUAACAGAAGAGGUUUGGAUCUCAACUUGGAACCUCCGCCGCCUCAUUCCGAUGACUUUUGA